AUGAAAAGUUUUAUCAGGCUGAACCCCGAGCGCAAGAACACUCGGGAGUAUCAACUUCAGAACGUUACAGGUGCUGGCAUCCCUGAUGUGGUCACCAAUCUGGGGGACACUGAAACUGAGGUGUUCAGAAGAGAAGGAGAAGAUGCCAUCUUACCGUGUGGUCUGGGUUCCCCGGUGAACCUGAAGGAUGAGGUGUUUGACUGGAAGAAGAAGCAGCAGGAGGUGUUCUUCUAUGAAAAGGGCAAGCAUUACAACAACGGCAAGCGUGGACAAGACCCCCUGUUCGUGGGCAGGGUGCACCUUCUCCCAGGGGGGCUGCAGGCCGGUAACGCCUCUGUGGUCCUGUCCAAUGUGACCCAGGCAGACGGCGGAGUGUAUUCUUGCUACUUCCCACGUCGGAACCUGACGAGAUGGAUCCGGCUGACUGUAGGUGCAGACAUCACUGAGGUGUUCACCAGAGAGGGAGACAUCGCCAUCCUACCGUGUGCUCUGGGUUCCCCGGUGGACCUGACAGAUGGGGCGUUUGACUGGAAGAAGGGGAAGCAGGAGGUGUUCUUCUAUAUAAAGGGCAAGGACUACAACAACGGCCGGGAGGGACAAGACCCCCAUUAUGUGGGCAGGGUGCACCUUCUCCCAGGGGGGCUGCAGGCCGGUAACGCCUCUGUGGUCCUGUCCGGUGUGAUCCAGGCGGACAGUGCUGGCAUCCCUGAGGUGGUCACCAAUCUGGGGGACACUGACACUGAGGUGUUCACCAGAGAAGGAGAAGAUGCCAUCUUACCGUGUGGUCUGGGUUCCCCGGUGAACCUGAAGGAUGAGGUGUUUGACUGGAAGAAGGAGCAGCAGGAGGUGUUCUUCUAUGAAAAGGGCAAGCAUUACAACAACGGCAAGCCUGGACAAGACCCCCAGUUCGGGGGCAGGGUGCACCUUCUCCCAGGGGGGCUGCAGGCCGGUAACGCCUCUGUGAUCCUGUCCAGUGUGACCCAGGCCGACGGCGGAGUGUAUUCUUGCUACUUCCCACGUCGGAAACUGACGAGAUGGAUCCGGCUGACUGGCACAGGUUUCACGGGAGGCACUCGCCUAUCUUGCUUGGACCACUCGUGGGGAUUUCUUGUCUCUUGUCCCUCCUGCACCGUGUUGCAGAACGUUACAGCCACGGUGGCGUACUGCUCUUCCGGGAUUGUAACACAGCCGUAUACUUGUUGGCUCUUCAACAUUGUGAGCGUGUACUUGUUGACCUCGCAUUCAGGUGCUGGCAUCCCUGAGGUGGUCACCAAUCUGGGGGACACUGACACUGAGGUGUUCAGAAGAGAAGGAGAAGAUGCCAUCUUACCGUGUGGUCUGGGUUCCCCGGUGAACCUGAAGGAUGAGGUGUUUGACUGGAAGAAGGAGCAGCAGGAGGUGUUCUUCUAUGAAAAGGGCAAGCAUUACGACAACGGCAAGCGUGGACAAGACCCCCAGUUCGGGGGAAGGGUGGGCCUUCUCCCAGGGGGGCUGCAGGCCGGUAACGCCUCUGUGAUCCUGUCCAGUGUGACCGAGGCCGACGGCGGAGUGUAUUCUUGCUACUUCCCACGUCGGAAACUGACGAGAUGGAUCCGGCUGACUGUAGAGCGCGUCCCCGAUCACACUCCCCCAAAUAUCAGGAAUGCGGCAGGUGCUGGCAUCCCUGAGGUGGUCACCAAUCUGGGGGACACUGACACUGAGGUGUUCACCAGAGAAGGAGAAGAUGCCAUCUUACCGUGUGGUCUGGGUUCCCCGGUGAACCUGAAGGAUGCGGUGUUUGACUGGAUGAAGGAGCAGCAGGAGGUGUUCUUCUAUGGAAAGGGCCAGCAUUACGACAACGGCAUGCAUGGACAAGACCCCCAGUUCGGGGGCAGGGUGGGCCUUCUCCCAGGGGGGCUGCAGGCCGGUAACGCCUCUGUGAUCCUGUCCAGUGUGACCCAGGCCGACGGCGGAGUGUAUUCUUGCUACUUCCCACGUCGGAAACUGAAGAGAUGGAUCCGGCUGACUGUAGAGCGCGUCCCCGAUCACACUCCCCCAAAAAUCAGGAAGGCGGUGGUUGAGCCGCGGUUGAGGCUGGAGGUGGUAGAGGCUCCCCCGUCCUCCGGCUCGGUGCGGCUGUCCUGCGUCUCCAGAGGAGGCCAGCCCCAGCCCAGCGGUCUGGAGUGGCAGACGCCCAACGGAACUGUGAUCCCUGCAGAAGAAGCACCGCCGGCCGCCUCCUCAGACAGCGAUGGCCGCGACUCCAUCAGUCAGACGGUGAAGGUGACCGAGCCAGGCAGCUACACCUGUCUGGCCCGGCAGCAAGGCGUCCACCCUGCGGUCAGAGACACCAUCCGAGUGUUUGGCCAUUGGUUGACCGGCGAUCAUGAAGAGGUCCUCGGGAAUGGUCCAUGGAAGGCCAUAGCAGGUGCUGACAUCACUGAGGUGUUCACCAGAGAGGGAGACGAUGCCAUCCUACCGUGUGCUCUGGGUUCCCCGGUGGACCUGACAGAUGAGGCGUUUGACUGGAAGAAGGGGAAGCAGGAGGUGUUCUUCUAUAGACAGGGCAAGGACUACAACGACGGCCUGGGGGGACAAGACCCCCAUUAUGUGGGCAGGGUGCACCUUCUCCCAGGGGGGCUGCAGGCCGUUAACGCCUCUGUGGUCCUGUCCGGUGUGACCCCGGCAGACAGUGGAGUGUAUAACUGCGUAAUUCUUGCAAAACGGACACAAAGUAAGAGAGAUAUCCGGCUGACUGUAGUGGUGGAGCCGCGGUUGAGGCUGGAGGUGGUAGAGGCUUCCCCGUCCUCCGGCUCGGUGCGGCUGUCCUGCGUCUCCAGAGGAGGCCAGCCCCAGCCCAGCGGUCUGGAGUGGCAGACCCCCAACGGAACUGUGAUCCCUGCAGAAGAAGCACCGCCGGCCGCCUCCUCAGACGGCGACGGCCGCUACUCCAUCAGUCAGACGGUGAAGGUGACCGAGCCAGGCAGCUACACCUGUCUGGCCCGGCAGCAAGGCGUCCACCCUGCGGUCAGAGACACCAUCAGAGUGUUUGGCCAUUGGUUGACCGGCGAUCGUCAAGAGGUCCUCGGGAAUGGUCCAUGGAAGGCCAUAGCAGGUGCUGACAUCACUGAGGUGUUCACCAGAGAGGGAGACGAUGCCAUCCUACCGUGUGCUCUGGGUUCCCCGGUGGACCUGACAGAUGAGGCGUUUGACUGGAAGAAGGGGAAGCAGGAGGUGUUCUUCUAUAGACAGGGCAAGGACUACAACGACGGCCUGGGGGGACAAGACCCCCAUUAUGUGGGCAGGGUGCACCUUCUCCCAGGGGGGCUGCAGGCCGGUAACGCCUCUGUGGUCCUGUCCGGUGUGACCCCGGCGGACAGUGGAGUGUAUAAGUGCGUAAUUCUUGCAAAACGGACACAAAGUAACAGAGAUAUCCGGCUGACUGUAGUGGUGGAGCCUCGGUUGAGGCUGGAGGUCGUGGAGGCUCCCCCGUCCUCCGGCUCGGUGCGGCUGUCCUGCGUCUCCAGAGGCCAGCCCCAGCCCAGCGGUCUGGAGUGGCAGACCCCCAACGGAACUGUGAUCCCUGCAGAAGAAGCACCGCCGGCCGCCUCCUCAGACAGCGACGGCCGCUACUCCAUCAGUCAGACGGUGAAGGUGACCGAGCCAGGCAACUACACCUGUGUGGCCCGGCAGCAAGGCGUCCACCCUGCGGUCAGAGGCACCAUCCAAGUGUUUGUCAAUUGGCAGUCGUUGACCGGCGAUCGUGGCGAGGUCUUCUGGAAUGGUACCCGGAACGCCCUUUGUGUUUUGUCAAUUCUCUCUAUUAUGUUAUCAUUUGGAGCUAAAAUGUACAAAUGUUGUGCCAAAAAGAAAAACAGUAAGGAAGGUAUAGUUUAAAAUACAACCAACAAAGGGCCUCCAAGGGAAUUCCCUGCGUUGCUCAUGACACCUCCUGAUAGCGCUCUGGCAGGUGCCCCUAACCUUCUGAUUGAGAUCAGAGCCGGUCCUAGGGUGACCCCUGAGGAAGUUAUCUCUCUGGAGUCAAUAAGUGGAUGACAAUACAUUUUGCGAAUGACAAUACAUUUUGUCAUUCUGAUUGCUGUAGUAGUUGCCAAUGGUGGGCUGUUACUUACUAAAGGUGAUUAUUUGCUGAUAAUUUUGCAUUAUAGCGAAUCGGGAUGCAAUUAAUAGUUUGAAAUAUUCACCAAAAAUCAAAAA